AUGGCUUGUCUCAGUGGGUUCACCCUGUCUCGUAUCCCCUCUAUCCUGAUGUUGGCGGUACUGUACGUGGCCUAUGUGUUGAUCGGAGGACUGAUCUUCUGGAAGCUGGAAGGAGGUCUGGUGCGGCAGGAAAAAGCCCGUAUACUUGAGGAGAAGAGAUCACUACUAGACACAUACCCCUGUCUGAACCAAGAGGCCCUGGAUGCUAUAGCUCAGGUAUUUCGAGAUUCUUCCAAGGUUGGGCUUAGUCUGAAAGGGAACCAGACCAUGGACAGCUUCUGGAAGUUCACUAGCUCUGCUGUGUUUGCUGCCACUGUGGUCACCACUAUAGGCUAUGGCAACAUGAGCCCCAGUACAACGGCAGGUCAGAUCUUCUGUGUGUUCUUUGCUCUGUUUGGGAUCCCUCUGAACAUGGUGGUGCUGAACAGAGUAGGCAAGUACAUGCUGGCCAUAGAGAGGAACGCCUCCGAUUUCAUUCAGGGAAAGACCAAUCACAGGAAGUUAACCAGGUUCAUGAUCCACCUGUUGUCCUACCUCUCUGGAACAGCACUCUUCUUUGUGAUGCCCAUGGUGGUGUUCAAACAGCAAGAGGGCUGGAGCUACUCACAGGCGAUCUACUAUUGCUUUAUUUCACUCAGCACCAUUGGCUUUGGAGACUACGUCGCAGACAGUAAUCCCGACCAUUACUAUCCAGAGUGGUACAGCGUCCUCAUGGCGUCCUGGAUCUUCUUCGGCCUGGCCUGGUUGGCCCUAGUCAUCAACCACACCAGCGACAUCCUGGAGCGGCUCAACACCCACCUCAAACACUGGUGGAGCCCUGAGGAACCUAGCAACGCAGGACCGGUGGAUGAGGUCAAGGACGGUUAA